AUGUGCAAGAAAAGAGAGGAAAGCAUUACGUUGGCCAUCGACAGAGACAAAGAGAGCCAGAACGCUUUAAAAUGGACAGUCGACAACCUUGUUAGCAAAGGACAGACUGUUACUCUUCUUCAUGUCAAACUCAAACAAUCAUCUUCGCUUCCUUCGGGGAAUAAGUCAAGUGAUGAUGGCGCAGAAUUGUUUCUUCCAUUUCGCUGCUUCUGUGCUAGGAAAGACGUCCUCUGCCAAGACGUGAUUGUAGAGGACAUUAGUGCGGCUAAAGGAAUACUUGACUUUGUGCAGAAGAAUGCAGUCGAGACGCUAGUACUCGGUGCAUCCAAGAUGACUCUUUUAAGCUGUCAUGUCCCAGUUGAAAGGAGGCAAAGUACAAUGCAACGAACACAUGACGAGAUCGAGAUCAAGUCUCCCUUUAUGAGAAGAGGAUACGAAGGCACAUACCAGCCCUCGAUGAUGGACUCCGAUAUAUCGUUUGUGAGUAGUGGAAGACCUAGUGUGGAUCUUAUGUUCCCUUCCUUUCAUGACCAUGCUGCUGUUCCGCACCUCUCACUCAUCUCUGAUUACGAAGAAAAUCGAAUUAGUUAUGCGACAUCAUGCUCGUCAGAUAAGCAGUCAAUAGAUAUUGGUUCUUCAUAUGCAGCAUUUUCAUCAAGCUCCCUUGGAACUGGGAGACAAUCAUGUUCACUAUCGCGCCAAGAUGAGAUGGAAGCCGAGAUGAGAAGGCUGAAAAUGGAGCUAAAGUAUACAAUGGACAUGUAUAACACUGCCUGCAAGGAAGCAAUUUCUGCAAAGAAUGCGGUAUGUUUUAGUUUUGAACAAUAA